AUGACAAACACGGAACCAGAUUCAACUUGGGUUCUUCACGUCGAUGGAUCAUCGUCCAAACAAGGAUCCAGAAUAGGGAUUCGGCUCAUGUCGCCCACCGAGGAAAUCUUGGAGCAGUCGUUUCGGUUAGAAUUUCAUGCAUCAAACAAUGAGGCUGAAUAUGAAGCACUCAUUGCAGGAUUACGACUAGCCCAUGGGCUGAAGAUUUGCAACAUCCACGCUUACUGCGAUUCUCAGUUAGUCGCAAAUCAUUACAACGGAGAAUACGAGGCAAGGGACGAAAGAAUGGACGCAUAUCUAAAACUCGUCCAGGACCAGGCCCAAGAAUUCAACCACUUCGCCCUCACCAGAAUUCCUCGCUCGGAAAACACCCAGGCAGAUGCCUUGGCCGCGCUAGCGUCAAGCUCGGAUCCAGGACUAAAACGGGUAAUCCCCGUGGAAUUCAUUGAACAUCCGAGCAUCGGACCGCCGGUGAUCGCUAAUCUGAUUUGGGGACAAAUCGAAGAUGCGGAGAAAAUCGAAGAUCCACCAGAAAGAAAAAUGGAUCAGCCGGAAUACGGUUGCGACAGCCCAUGGCUAGAGCCGAUCCGAGCCUACAUAUUCGACGGAACGCUUCCUGCCGAGAAAUGGGCGGCACGCAAAAUUAAAACCCAAGCCGCACGAUAUGUAACGGUAGAGGGAGAAAUCUACAAAUGCAGAUUCUCCGGCCCACUCAUGACCUGCGCCGAGGGAGAGAAAGCGAGAAAAGUGAUGGAAGAGGUCCAUUCCGGAUCGUGCGGAAACCACUCCAGUGGAAGGUCACUCGCAGUCAAAAUAAAAUGCCACGGUUAUUACUGGCCAGCUAUGAUCAAAGACUGCGAGAAAUUCGCACGAAAAUGCGAAAAAUGCCAAAGGCACGCACCCACGAUCCAUCAACCUACGGAGGUCCUCUCGUCCAUUUCAUCUAUGUAUCCCUUUAUGCGAUGGUCCAUGGAUAUCGUCGGACCUUUACACAAUUCAAAACAGAAACGCUUCCUUUUGGUCAUUACGGAUUUCUUUUCGAAGUGGGUAGAAGCAGUAUCCUACGUAAGUAUCAAAGACGUACAAGUCGAGAGCUUCGUAUGGAAGAACAUUAUCACCAGGCACAGGGUCCCUUACGAAAUCGUAACAGACAACGGAUCUCAGUUCAUCUCUACCCGAUUUGAAGCGUUUUGCGAGAAGUGGAAAAUAUGGCUGAACAGGUCAACUCCUAGAUGUCCACAAUGUAACGGCCAGGCAGAGACCAUUAACAAAACCGUCCUUGACGGGUUAAAAAAGCGCUUAGAAGCCAAAAAUGGACGAUGUGCAGAUGAGCUCGAAGGACUUCUUUGGUCACAUCGUACAACCCCAUGA